UUAGUAUAGGGUUGACCUACACGUGCACAGAGGAAAUGUCACUCUAUGGGAAUCUACUUUCACUUAGCUACGACAAACAAUUUAAUUAAAGAUUGGCCGAGUGUGGUCACCGAAGUUUCUUACCUCCUCAGAGCUAGAAUUGGUUUUUAGUCUCGUACGUGAUCAGCCAGCCAGCCUUGUCACGUUUGCUGGCUAUGAUAAAUAAAUUUGGCAGUUCACGGACGAAAUAGUUUUCAUUUUGAAGAUAAUGGCUUCCCUGAUUCAAAAAAUUGGGCGUUUGGCAGUUCAAGCUUUCAAUAGGGAUUCUUCAACUUCUCUUCAAAUGAAAAGAUCAUGCAUAAAGCAAUUGGAAGAAUUAGUUUCGACCGUGACCUCUGCAGAUUUGGCCAUUGAUCCUGCCCUACUGCAGGAUGAUCAUUCACAAAAUAGCAACAGAGGGUGCUUCCGAGCUGACGGGCGCGCCCCAGUAAUUUACAUGCAGCUCUAUGAAGAUUCUGACGUCAACAUUUGUGUCUUCAUUUUACGUAGAGGCGUCAGAAUGCCCAUGCAUGAUCAUCCUGGCAUGCAGGGAUUACUAAAGGUGGUGCACGGCCGCAUCAAGGUGCAGAGCUACACACUGCUCAGCGAGGCUGGCCCCCGCAACCUGCACUGUGCUCUUAAGCAUGCUCCUGUAGAACGCACAUAUCUCCACCCUCCUAUCUCUCUCAGCCCAGACAGAGAAAAUCUUCAUGAAAUUGUAUCUGUAGAUGGGCCUGCUGCCUUUUUAGAUAUUUUAUCACCGCCAUAUGGCGAAGACAGGCGUUUGGGUUUUGAGCGUGAUUGCCAUUAUUUUAGAGAAGUGGAUGUCACUACUAUGGAUUUCUUAAGUGAUCUAGAUGAGAGUAAGACCUGGCUGACUCCCAUACCCUCUCCAAGUGAUUUUUGGUGCGACCAGGCGGAAUAUCGAGGACCUCCUCUGAAAGGGGUCAUUGAGAGGGGGAAAAAAUGGCGUCGCUACAACAGAAAGUUAACUACCAAGAAAUGAUCAGCCACGGGCACUGCAGGAUCCACCAUGAAUGAAACCCGUUGCGUCGCAGCAUCUCGUAAGCGAAUUUUUUUUUUUUU